CCCAGCGUCAGAAAGCUUAUCCACGCCGCCUAGCAAACUCUCAGGGGCAAGUAAAUAAGGUUCGAGCCCUACCUCACAAAACUGAUGAAAGACCACGUCGCCUUGAUUGCGAUCAAACUUCCAAGUUUUUGAUAGAAUCCUAUCUCGAUCCAUGCCAAUCCCAUCGGGCUGAUCACCUUCCCCAUCGCAAUGGCUUCCCCAUCGGCGUCCAUCGCCCUCGGCUGCUUCGUCCUGGCCACAGCCCUCGGGCACUGGUCACUCGCGUGGCGGCGCACCUGGGCCGGACGAUAUCUCGACGCGAUUUCUAUCAUGGCGCUUUCAAUGUACGGCCUGACGCACGCCAGUUCCCUGGGCUCAAUCUAUGCGGCCCAAGGCACGUAUCAAGUGACGAUGAUAUGGUUCUUCCCGUACACUGUCCGUCGCCUGCUCGUGGACUAUCCACCGCUUGACAAGCUGGGCUCGCCUAUGCCAAGGUGGUCCAUCUACGAGGCGUACAAAGUCUGGUGCAAUCCGCGCGACGUGCCCGACCCCAACAAUGAUCCCUUUCGCGGCACGCCAUCGUCCAAAGGCAAGCACUUCCUCCACGUGCUGCUCAUGAUCACCAUCAGGUUUCUCACCACCGCACUCAUCAUCCCGAUCCUCGCCAAAAUCCUCAUCGGACCAUUCUAUGUCUCAGACUUCAGCGUGGACAAGAUUUUCCCAGGUCUCUUCGACCUCACCGGUCUCGACAUUGCCAAGAGAGCCUACCUCGUCUUCGACUGGUUCUGGUUCUGCUACAACAGCCUCUGCAUCUUCCACCACAUCCUCUCCAUACUGCACGUCUGCCUAUUCCGCCUCGACGAGCCAGAGGAGUGGCCCCCUCUCUUUGGCAGCUGGCGCAAGGCGGACAGCCUACGUAGGUUCUGGGGCACAUGCUGGCACAACCUGCUCUCGCCAACGUACAUUGCCCUCGCCACGUAUCUGGCCCGUGACCUGCUCCUGCUGCCACAAGGGGCCCGCGUGACCAAGGUCUUUGUUGUGGCGUGCGUGUACGCGGCCGCCGCCAUUCUUCACGGUCUCAUCUCGUGGCUCGACGGCGAUCCGAAGCCUUGGACCUUUGCCGCCUAUUACGUUGUGCAGUUUCUGGGGACGGCGGCGGAGGCCUGCGUCAUGGGGAGUACGAAAAGGAACGCGCAUGGGCCGCUGCGCAUCGCGAGGGGCGUGGCUGGUUGGCUCUGGGUCGUGGUCUGGUUCCUCGUCACGACAUCGCCCUUGAUCUAUUCGCAGAUGGCCUCAGCGGCGGCGCCAGCAGGGGCACCGCCACAAACGGGUACAUGAAUGUAGUGGAGCAAGAUCAGCAAGACAUCUCUAGAUAGAUCGGUAUCAUGUACACGUUCAUGUCUCAGCCGGAAAGAUCCGUGCAUAAAUCAAGAUUUCGAUGUUUAGAAGGACCCUGGAAAUGACUGCA